UUUUUCAUAGCACAACAAAGGGCAUUCAUCGCUCGCUUGAAAGAAGUCGCGAAGAACACUCUCAUUCAUUUCUGUGAAGAGUUGGUAAGUUAAGAUUGUCAAAUUGAAGAAUUUAACCAAAACUAAACCGCUGUUUUGGUAAAGACCAACCGUGUCCUCGCUGAGAAAUUACGUGAAUCGAGUUGGGCAAGCAGGCACGUAUUUCAUGCGUGUUUUGAUUUCGUUGAAUUGAUCGUCCUUUUGAAAGAAGUCGGGUCGCUAGAAAACUUUCUGGCAGUCGCAGAAAGACGUAAAAACUUGUCUCGUUCAAAGUUUGAAUGAUAAGAAGAACUCGGAACAAGCGAUCGUCUUGAGAAAAGAACUUGGAGCAUUAAGAAGAGUGUGUCAAGCGUCCACGUUGGAUCCUUUACAUCAAAGUUACACGUCUCUCUUUUAUUAUCCCUUUCUCGACAUGGGAUCAAGAAUAUCGGCCGUAAAAAGAAACGACCACAAUGACAAUAGACAAGGAGUUUUUAAACCUCUUAAUGUCUUACAAGAUGAAGAUCGGGCAAGAGACUUAGCAAGGCCAGAGAAACUAGACAUUUUACUCGAUCGUCCAGCUCUACCGGAAGAGGUUUUAAUAGAACAUGCUUGGAACCCGAAUGACCGAUCGGUGAACAUUUUCGUCAAAGAAGACGACCCUCACACAUUUCACAGGCAUCCCGUGGCACAAAGCACGGACUGUAUACGAGGGAAGAAAGCCUACAGUCGUGGAUUUCAUGUUUGGGAGAUCCAGUGGUCAACCCGACAACGUGGGACACACGCAGUAGUGGGGGUAGCUACUUCGAAAGCCCUUCUUCACUGUACGGGCUAUCAUUCCCUAGUUGGUAAUAAUGAAGAAAGCUGGGGAUGGGACAUUGUAAGAAACAAACUUUACCACAACGAAAAGAAUGUUUCUUCAGUCAAGUAUCCAGUUUUGUCAGACAGCGAUCAUAGCUUUGUGGUACCUGACAAAUUUCGCGUUAUAUUGGACAUGGACGAGGGAACUAUGGCUUUUGAAACGAACGAUGGACGCUAUUUAGGUGUCGCUUUCCGCGGUAUGAAAGGAAAGAGUGUUUAUCCCAUAGUAUCAGCAGUCUGGGGACAUUGUGAGAUUACCAUGAAAUACAUCGGAGGACUAGAUCCUGAACCUCAACCAUUGAUGGACCUCUGCAGACGUACCAUACGUAAAUCAGUUGGAAAAGAGAACCUAACCAAAGGCAAUGUAGACAAGCUUCCGAUACCAAUUCCAAUGAAGAAAUAUCUUCUGUACCAACAGGGUUGGUGACGUCAAGCUGCAAGGGUAAAGACUUCUUAUGAGUCAGACUGAUGAUGUCAGACUAGUAUGAAAUUAACUGGCCUGAUUCUACUGUUAUGUAGUAUCACUUUCUAUUUUGAUGUACUGUUCUGAAGUUUGGCAAGCCUAUGAUAGUGACAAGAAAUUACAGGUAUACUACGAACUAAACCAUCUCACUUGAAGCCAGACUAUUACACUUUUGUGUACUCUCAGAGGAAGUUUAAAACAUAAGACUUGAGAACAAAAACUGACUUGCAGCUACUGUAACAGUGCUUUUAAACUGUACUAAUAUCUACAGUCUGUUAAAUCUGAACUUAACUGCGAUAUAUUUGAAUCUCUAAACAUGGUAACGUUGCUAAAUUUUCUAACCAAACAGAACUCAUUAAAGCAAUGAAGUCAGCUUGCAUAUGCUUAACUUAUCAGAGGAUUGUGUGAAAAGAAAAGGGUGAAAACAUUUUUGACCAUUUUUAAUAUGAGGAUUAAUAAUUUAUUACAGUUUCUUAUCAAAUCAUUUUAUAGGGUCGAUUAAAUUAUGUUCAUGAGAAUUGUUCAGUUAUUAAGGGAGUAAAGGUUGGAAGAUUGACUUGUAUUUGUCAAAAGUGGAGAGGGCAAUAUUGUUCAAAGGUAUGGAUAACUUUUUCUGAGAAAAAUAACAAACUUAAUUUUUGAAAUAGUUUUAUGUGUAUACCAACUCAUUCAGUGAAGCAGAAGCAAAGUCAUUGUUUUAAAGACUUUCUUUUUUAAAAAAAAUUGUUCAAUUCUGCUCAAUUGUCAAAUUCUCACACAAAGUUUCUAAUGCUAUAAAAAAUGUAUUUGGCUAUCCACUAGUGAUCGACUUCUGCACCUUGAAAUAGUUUUAGGAAAAUAUUUUAAUUUUAAGAUUCAAAACAGUUCUGAGUUACAGUAUGUAAAUAGCAGCUAAAGCUUUUCUUUGAGUAAUAAAAUAAUUUAUUUAUUGGUGAAGUUUCUCCUGACAUUACAUUAAAAUGACAACAUUUUACAAUAUUUUACAAUUAUAAUAAUUGUCAAUAAUGAUUAAUUUACACUGUGAAAGAGAUCUAAAGAGUCAAAUUUAGUUGGGGAAAUUUAAUGUUAUUUAUUGAAGAAUUUACAUCCAAUUCCUCCCUGGGGAGUGACUCAAGAAUUUUAGAAUAUAGGACCCAAUGGUUUUUAAUAUUUAUUUCCUUUAAUUUUUCCUUAGGUUUGACUAAGCAAAUUAAUAUGUAACAGUUAUGAAUUGAAUGUUAAAACAGAAGUUUUGCCUAUUUUAAAGUAGUAUUAGAAAUUUGACUCUUUAGAGUGAUUUCUCUUCUGUACAGUAAGUUAUAGUGGUUAAUUCUUUGCAGUUAAUUUUCAGCUUUGGUUAAUUUAGGUUCGGUUAUUCUAAGAAAAACUGAACUUCACCCAAAAUUGGGAAUUCAGUCUUGUGGAAUGCUUAGGAGAAUGAAAUGUUUUGUUCUAUACCUUGCCCAUGUAUACGAACAUUAUUGUGGUAAAGUCUUUUUUUUUUCUCAGUCUAAGAGUUAAGUAAUGGUUCAAACUAGCCUGUUGACAUGGCAUUAAACUCAAACAUGAGAUAAAGAAAGUCAAUACUGUUUGCUGCCUUGUACACUUUUUACAUAGGCAACAUAAAAAACAGGAUUUAUUUAUUCCGUUUAACAUUAGGAUAGUCAAUUAUGUCAGGGUAUUUAUAAGAGAUAUUCUAUCAGAAUGUGUCUCAUUUAUACUUCACACAAAUAUAAUGUUAUGUUAUGUUAUCAGCAACUGUGAAAUAUAAAACAACUUUGAACAAA